AUGAGGCACAUUCUGCGCCUGCGGUAUGGGCUUUCUUCGUUGACACCACCGCCGUCGAUCGGAUCUAUCCGCGUAGCGACGCGGCAAAGCAAUGUGGUUCGCCUCGGGGGCCGGCCCACUGUCGCAGACGAUAUCGACGCACGUCGCGUGUUUCGGAUCAUGCAGGGGACUUCCGACUCCACGGGGACGAAAUACGCCUAUUGA